CAUUUGACAUAAUUUUUUCCAUCACUCCGAACGAAAACAUUGUAGGCAAAACGCAAAAGUUUCUUUUCCUUUCGGGUUUGCAUUCGAAAGUUUUGUUUUUCUUGUAUUUUAUUGUUGGCAUUGGACGAAAAAAGGAAAUUAAUUGAAAAUGCCGGAGGAAGCGCCAGCCCGUAACGUUAUCGAGCGAAUGGUAAAUCGUGCAUGCAAUGUAUUGGAGGGUCCUGUUGUUUGGUUCAGAGAAACGGUUGUUACACCAAACCAAAAACAAUAUCCAUGGUAUCAUCAGAAAUUCCGUCGUGUACCAACGAUUGAUCAAUGCUACAUGGACGAUCCAUGCUGUUAUCAUGAAGCCAAUAUGCAAUUCAGACGCGAUAAAUUAGUCGACAAUGAAAUUUUGAGCAUUUUACGUCAACGCUUCGAAGAUUGUGUUGCCUAUGAAACACCAGAUCAUGUCGAAAAAUGCACACCACUCUGGGAAUACUAUCAAAGAGCCGAAGCCAAUUGGUUUUCCAAAUACGGUGAUUUAGGAUUUUACGGAACAGCUGUAGCUGCCUUUAUGAAACAAAAGCAUAGACUUAUCUGGGAACGUCGGCACGGUAAGAUUGGUAGCGGCCGAAAAGACCUUGCAGUUGAAUCAGCUGACUCAGACAACUGAAAAUCUGGUCGAAUUUCCCAUUUUGCUCACCGCCAGCAAAUGGUGUUACCGAUGAAAUACAAGAAUACUAGUAGAUCCAAUAUUUUGGUAAAAUUAAGCAAAUCUGAUAAAUAAAAUGAUGAAAAAAAAUGGAAAU